AUGGCUGACCCUGAGCACAACCGGCAAAAUUGCCAGACACGCGACACGAAAAAUUUGAACUACGGCCAUUUUGGGACCGCAACAUACGAGGAAUCGACUCACAAAUGGCACUUCUUACGUCAACCUCAAGAUUACCACCAAGACGAUUAUAGGAGACCAGGUUUACAUUCCCUCCAACUAAUUCAUGAACCAAUUCGACAUCAUGGCGUGCAUAAUCCAGAAGUCAACACUUCGAGUCACAAUGCGCCAGCAUGGUUCGCUGCAAGGAGAACCUUGCUGAAGCACACACCAGAACUAUUUGGUGCUGCUCCACUUCUGCUAACUUCAUCCGAAAAUGACGUUCUGGGAACGCAUUACCUGCAACAAACACCUAGAGAAGUUCUUGCAUUUGGCCACGCUCGGGCUAUUGGGGAUCGUGGAUCACAUUCGCGUUUGGUGCCCAUCGUCGCAGUUCCUGUGGGGGCGGGAGGAGAGACUGUUCGAUUCCUUGGGACCGAUACUGGCGCCUUUGUGCCACAGGACGAGUCUGCUCCACCAUCUGAUUUGCGAGUCCCACGCAUUUCAGGUUCAAGAACUGGAUACUGGUGGCAGUCAGCUGAUCGUAUUCUGCAAAUCUCGUUCUGCGCCUCUCAUAACCGAACCCAGCUGCUAGUUCAGAAGGCGGGAGGGACAAGUAUUCUUCGACCGAUAAUCAGACCGCGUAUGGCGAGUGUCACCGCCUUUCCAAAAGCAGGCCGUACAAACUCUGAGCGUACUGCCUCGACCAUUGAGCCAAACCACAUCUUGACCAUUACAUGCUCUCGAACAGGGGGUCACCAUCAUACGGAUGCAAUGUUCAACCCCCUUGAUCCGAGUGUGCUGGCGAUAGCUGACACCAGUGGGCAAUGGAGUUUGUGGAAAAUAAAAGGGAAGCAGAGUCAAUCUACCCGCGUCACCUGGCGGGCGAAGCUUCUGCAGCAAGGUAACCUUUUCGACACCGAUCCUCAACCCUUGAAUCUCAAUCGGAGCAUUGAUUUAGCUGGAUGGUAUCGGGUGUGCUGGUUAAGCAAUUCCUCGGAGAUUACUGAGAGGAUUCUUGUCUGCAGUCGUUUUUCAGCUACUAUCUUCACUACAGAAGGAGCUUUUGUGAACCAUGUCGAUAUGCGACUGGGUCCCUCUUCCGAUGGUGUCUGCAUUCUCGACGUAAAGCAAAGCCAACGGAGCAGGCAAUUGAUAUAUGUGCUCUCAACUGCUCACUUGCAGAUUUUCACCACUUCCCAACUUGAUUUGGAUUUAGGAUCUCGAACGGAGCCUCUCAACCUAUUGUGUGCCUGGAAGCACUUUCGGGAUGAAGGCGAUCUCGAUUUGAGGAUGACAAUUCAGGAAUUUUCACGCAGUUCCUGGGUCUUUCUAUAUUCGCCUUCAAGUAAUAUCGCUACCGUGUAUCAAUUCUGUCUCAAUCAGUCAGGCUCUCAAGUUGAAUCCUCAGGGGAGCCUACCAGCCUUCAAUGGCCGAAGAGGCUUUGUGGACGGGUGAAAACCAUCACUAAUCUGGUGACGGUCCCACUUACUUCUCGAGUCAAUAAUCAUGAACCCGAUGAGCUUAACCUGGGUGUCAUUAACUUGGUGGCCUGGACUUCUCAGGGGACCAUGGUUGAAGCCUUCUAUCGACAUGGACUUGAAGAUAUCUCUGGGAAAAAGAAAGAGGUCAAAGGAGAAUUUCACUUUCCCCUCCUUGAACCCACCAGUCAGCCAUACUUGAGCAGCAGAUUUGUCGAUGAAGACGAUCUGGAUAACUUUGUGGUCUCAGAUGAGACUGAGACUGAGAAUGAGUGGACGACAUUUAAACCUCCAGAACCAGCCCUUCAUAAAGACACCCGAGCUCUGUCUUAUCGUGCAGAAAUUCUUCAGUGGGACGACGUACUGGACGACAUAGCUCUCCAGAGCGAUGAAAGAAAUCGGCCUACUGUCACUGAGUCUUUCGAGCGCCUCUACCAGCGUGGUACUCGCCUGUGUGAUGGUUUGGGUCCGAUUUCAACAUUGUCAUAUCAACUCAGAGUUCCACGUAUAUUGGAUCUCGAGGCUGCCUCUCAGAGGGUGGAUGAAUGGAUAAAUACUGUCCAAGCCACCAGCCAUGUCUUCGUCCAACCGACCAACUCAUAUUCGAAAUCGCUCCUCUACGCAAUAGGCGAGACUAGCUUGCUUACGGUCUACAAUGCUUAUCUUUCCGCCUACAUCACUCCACUCUCGUCACACGUAAGUGAUCGAAAUCGAGUCAAUCGAGAAAAAAUCGUUCGCCAGGCGACUGCCGAUGCGUUCUUUAGCAGUAUAAUCUUGCGAACAGACAUUCAAAUCUCCGAAGCUGAAGACACCGCCGAAGCAGCGCCUGGGCAAGUAGAUUCGUCUGAUCUACCCCAGCAUUCUUCUCAACCACUGGUGUCUACAACUCCAUCCCUGUGCCCGGAAUCAAUCGUGAGUCGCCUCUGCAGCUAUACGACCUUCAAGCGAGAAAGUUCUCAACUGCUAUCCACGAGUGGCGUUGCAAUAUCAAAGCUCCUUGAACAUUUGCCAACUACUAUUGACAGUGAUCCCACGUCCUACUCGUAUGAGGCUACGAACAAGAAAAUUCAAGACGCGCAAGACGAGGAGGCAGAGUUAUCACUGGAUGCACGUGAAAGACGUAAAAUCAGGAGACAGUCCACGAAACGGCUCAAAGCUCUCGAAAAACAGACAAAGUACAGUCAGGAGGUACAGGCAGGGCGCGCAAUGAUCCCCAGUGUGACGAAUCGACGUUUGGCACCCAUAUUGCCAGGAAGGGAAGUCCGGAGCAGCCAACCAGGUAUUUUGGAUUCAAGCCCGGGCCAGAGCCAAGCGGCUCCAGUGCUCAACAUGUCGCAACCCGAGAGAGGCGCGUAUGAAACAAGACCUUCGUUGAAGAAAAGGGCAAAAGAGAAGGUUGUGGUAAAGCGAAAGGCAGGGUUCUGA